AUGAAGCUUGUUGCUUCGAUCACUGCUGUCAUUGCGACUUUUGCCCUGACCGCGUCUGGUAAUGUUACCAAAGGUCGACCAUGGGGCUACCGACAAAAUUCCAAUAUGGUGCACCCCUCCCAGUGGGCCGAUAACUGGGAGUCCUGCGGUAACGCGCGCCAGUCUCCCAUUAACAUCGUCUCGACUGCAAAAUCCGUCAAAGUCAAGAGUCUUCCGCUUCGCUUUAGCGGACGUUGUCACGAGUACAAUCUAUCAGCUCCUCAAGAACCGCUCGAGGCGGACGUUGUUAGAGGUAACUGCACUGUUUCGGUGAAGGGAGCGGCCUAUAAGAUGGCACAGUUCCACCUGCAUGCUCCUUCGGAGCACACGCUAAACGGCGAACACCUGGACGGUGAAGUCCACUUUGUGCACUUUAAUGAGGACCGCUCGGCAAUUUUAGUAGUGGGCGUCUUCCUUAAAAUUAGCGCCAAGUCAGAUGAAUGGCUGGGUCCUGUUCUUGACGCUCUCGAGCAGGUCAACUCCACUGAGCGCUCCAGUGCGAUGAUGGUGAAUCUGAGAUCGUACUCUUUUCUAGUCAAGAAAACUUGUAGAACCGGUGGCGUCUACAACUACCCAGGAAGUCUCACGACCCCACCCUGUGCUGCAACGGUUGACUGGUGGGUAGUCAGACAGCCGCUUCAGAUCUCUGCCGUCGACUUUGGCCGUCUACACCAGGACUUGGUCGAGUACGACAUUACGGACAACGGCAACAACGCUCGCCCGACGCAGCCUUUGAAUGGUCGUGUCGUUAUUCAUUACCACUAA